AUGUCCGAUUUUGCUGGCUUCAGAGAAUCGUACAUCAAAUCAGAAUCAGAGACCUUAUCGGGUUCAGACUCGGUGUCCCCACCACCAAACGAGCUCACCAAGCAACAGUCACUUCAUAUCCCCAGCAUCAACGUCAAGAACGAAAAUGUCGAUAAUCUCCUAAGCAAAUCGCUUGAUAUCAAGAAACAAUUGUCCCAGUCGUUCCAGGGCGGUGGUGGUGGGUCAUUUGGAGGUGUAACCAAACCCCAGUCCCGCAAGAACUCGGUGAUGGCAAUCAAGUCCAACCACGGCAGUGAUAACGAAGACGAUGACGACGAUGGCCAGGGCAACGAGAGAAAACGUAGAGACAACAUCAACGACAAGAUCCAGGAGCUUCUCACGUUGAUACCAGCCGAGUUCUUCCAGGACUCGGCUGCUGAAAUCAGCAGGGCGAAGGAUGACAAAUCUGAAGAAGCAGAAAUAGCUGCUGCUGUGAAGAACUCAGGUACUAAAGACGGCAAGCCCAACAAGGGCCAAAUCCUUACUAAGUCCGUGGAGUAUCUUCAGUACUUGCAGAACAUGAUCGACGAGAACAAUCGCAAGGAGGUGGAGCUCAUCAUGAAAUUGAAAAGUUUGGAGUUGCAACUGCAAGGCAAGUCUGCAGAUGUACCUAUUUCGGUGGGCCACACCAGUGCUGAAAGGGCCUUGGGCAAGAUCGGCGUGGGACCGCUUUCGGACGAUUACUUCAAGAUGGUUUUGGUGAACAGUGCCAACACAAAUAAGUCUGGCCAGAGAAGAGGUAGUGUGAGCUAG